AUGAAAGGCAUCGAGGAUGGAGCAGAACAAUGGGAGAUGAGGGAGAAGGAGGUAAAGGACUGUGAGAGAAAGAGGAUGAGAGGGAGAGAGGCAGAUAGGAGGAGGCGUAAGGGGACAAAAGGUAAAGAGGAGGAAACGGAGAUGAUAGAGGAGGGAAGGGACAGCAAUCGCCUCACCACAGACUUGUACCGCAAAGAAGAAAACAUCACAGUCACGGCAGUGGGCGGAGCCAUCCACAGCCCGCGAUACCCCAACGCUUACCCCCGCAAUCUGCUGCUGUCAUGGAAACUGCUGUCGCCACCAGGGAGCCGCAUACACCUGGAGUUUGACGGACACUUUGGCCUGGAGGAGGCUGAGAAUGGAGUGUGCAGGUAUGACUUUGUUGAAGUGGAGGACCAAUCAGAGACAAGCACUAUAAUUUGGGGUCGCUGGUGUGGGCAGAAGGCCCCGCCCAGCCUCAACUCCAAGACCAACACGCUCAGAGUCACCUUCAAGUCUGAUGAUUACUUUGUUGCAAAGCCAGGAUUCAAAGUCUACUACUCACUGCUGUACGACUCCCCUCUGCCUGCAUCCAACACCAACUGGGAGGCUGUCACUGUGCCCAUGUCGGACAGUGGUGUAGGGCAGAUGCCCGCGGCAGUCACAGAGGUUCCUUUCUCUCUGGAGGACUUGGACCGGACCAUAGCUGCCUUCGACACUGUAGAACAGCUUUUUAGAUCCCUGAGCCCAGACACCUGGAGGCAGGACCUGGACAGCAUCUACACUCAGACACACAUACAUUAUAGAUCCAGGGCCUAUCAUCUGGCAAGCAGACAUAAUAAAGUUGAUCUGAACCGUCUGUACGAUGACGUCAAGCGGUACAGCUGCACGCCUCGCAACUACUCUGUGAACCUGCGCGAGGAGCUGAGGGCCACCAACGCCGUCUUCUUCCCUCGAUGUCUCUUGGUCAAACACUGUGGAGGCAACUGUGGCUGCGGAACUGAGAACUGGAACAACGGCUGCACCUGUCAGCCCUCAAAGACCACACUCAAACUACACGAGGUGCUGAAGUACGCCCCAGAGGUCACUCUGCACCAGCGCCAUCGGAGGCCGCGGGUGCGCUGGAUCAUAGAUGAGAUCUUCCUCACACACCAUGAAAAGUGCGAGUGUGUGUGUCCCUCCCAGCCCCCUCGCUGACACAACCAGAACAGCACACACGUCUGGAAAUGUCGGACGAGUUCCUCUUGUAUCUAUUUUGCAACAGACUUCAUAUAACUACAGCCACGCAGACACAUGCAGCAAAGAAGGGGGCAACUAUUUGACUGACAGCUUGCAUCAUAAACAGUUUUCUUACAAGUAAACCACCUUCCUUCCUCUGUACACGGGCCAAAGGUGUAAAUGCAUAAAUGUUUGUUAUUUUACUCUCCUGCGACUUGGAAGAUAAAAUUUUCCCUGUUUCAAAGGAUUUUCCUCAUUUUCUCUGAAAUGACCAUACUACACUAUGUAAAAAAAAAAUAACGCCAAGACUGCAUAAAACUUACAUUUUGAUUUAAGGACUUUAAUGGAUGCCAAGUUAAUUGAAUUGAAAGUUAAUUGACUCCAACCUCUGUAUAAACAGUUUUUUUUAUUCCUACUUCAUGUGUAUGUAUUUGCACGUCUUCAUGUUAUAAAAAGAGUGUUUGUAGAAACUUGAGGCACUCCUUCUGCCAGGAGCAUGCUGAGAUGAGUGAGUGUGAGACAGAAGGAGGGAGAGGGAAGGAGGAAGUGUAAACCAAAAUAACACUUUAUCUUCAUGUUAAAUUAGGCUAACCACAACCCUCCAGAUCUGAAUUGCACAUGAACACACACAUUUGCUCUAGGCUCCUCCUACUACCUAAAGAUAAAAAGUGCCGUUAUUUAUGCUGAAUUCGGCUCCAUUUUCAGUGAAGGCCCCCGUUUGUUUUGCACACAUUCCUGUCUGCAUUUAUUCACGCUUCCCUUCGCCUGUCCUUCCAUCCAUAUGCUUCCUGCUCCUUUUCUUUCUUUCUCACCGACUCCAUCUCUCUCUUUCUAAAGCACACACUCUUCAUCACUCACUCUAACACAUCAAAGGAGAUGUCAGAUCAGGCUGCUGUGCUCUGUCCAGUUUUCAGAGCGUUCCUGGCAUUCCUACUGCUAACCGGAAUUCUGCUAACACGGAUAAAACUGUGAUCCUCAGACCCUGAACACAUAAGAGGAAAGAAAGUGGGUUUUUUUUUUUUUUUUUUUGGAGAGGCGGCUGACAAAAAAAGGACAAUCAAGCCGCCUAUUCGUAGAUAACCAGCACUGCUGGAUGAGAGAUGAGAAAGGAACCACUUUUGCGACAUAAAACAUAAAAGAUUGCAGCUACUUGAGUGGUUUCAAUCAGCAUGUUCAUGUUUUCAGCUCCCAAGAUGAUUUCUUCCUUAUGUAUCACAAUUCCGACCCACUGAUUUUUGCAAGUCUGCAGCAGCACCGCAGUUAAAGAGAGAUCUGUGGGAAUUAGAGUUACGUUCUUGGUCUCUGCUAAAAAUACAACUUACUUGAGUGUGUGUGUGUGUGUGUGUGUGUGUGUGUGUGUGUGUGUGUGUGUGUGUCAGUACGCCUUUAACAGCUCAGGAAGAGGUCCUUUUGUUUAAGGGGUAGAGGGUUACCAACAGUCUGUGAGAGCUGGCAGCCAAUACACGCAUGGGAAUGGUCAGCAUGUGACUGUGCAUGCAAGAGUGUGUAUGUGUGUGUGUGUGUGUGUGUGUGUAAGAGAAAGUGUAGGUAGCUAGAGUAUCAAAGCAAUAGAGCAAGAAUUCAAAGUAACUGCUUAUCUUUUCCAAACACAUGACCCAGCUGUGAGAAAUAAAAGGCACCGUCACCAGUCAUCUCUCCAUCAUCGCCUCCUGUGUGUCACACGCUCAGGCCAGAUUUAACACAGAGAAAAUGGGAUUUUACACACCACUUUUGUUCUAAAGACAGACAAAAAGAGAAUAACUGGACACUGAGACGAUUCCUCGGUCACAGUGAAACCCGAUCAGCUGUGUGCCAGCGGCGCUUUUAUGUGCAUGUGUGUACUGUAAGUCACGGGUGUUAUUGGACAGGUGUGGGAUACAAAACACUCUCAAAUAUUCUAAAAGUGUGUCAGAUUGUGCUCUAGUCACAUUCCAAGUAAUUUACCCAGACAACCUCCACACACAAACAGUUGUUUUUGGCUCUCUUUGCUGUCUUCUGUCCUUGUGAAAAGUUUGCUGUCAUUACUGAAUGUUGCAUUUUGACAAACAAAGACAAACACAAAUCUAAUACAAAGUGUGUGAUUUGUUCAAAUUUCAGAGGACUGUUGGCAGGUAAAUAGGCCCCUUUAUAUUUUCAGUUGCUAACGAGCCAGAUGGUAAUUAGGCAACAUGUCGCUUUGUUGCAAAAUGCAAAGUGACUAAAGCAAGAGCUUUUCUAAAAUCUGCUGCAAAUUCAUGUUUUUUUUAAUGUGUGCAUGUGUGUGUGUGUGUGUGUGUGUGUGUGUGUGUGUGUGUGUGUGAGUGUGUGUGUGCAUCCUGUGUCUGUCUUAUCAGCACAUUCCAUUGUUGCGUGCUCCAAAGUGACAUUCCUCUUUUUCCUCAUUACUGGUUUGUUUUCUCCUCCAGUUUUUUUUACAACAUGACCCCAUGGAUACCAAGUUGAGACAUUUAAACCUAUGUGUGUAAAUUGUUUGGAUUUUAUUUUUUAAGUUAAUUUGCAACUAGGAGAGUAAAAACCACGCAUUGGACACAUUUCAGAUUAUUAUGCUUUUGGUCCAGAGUUUGAGCUUCCCUUCUGAGGAUUGUGGGACUGUACUGUCAUAUUUUCAACUCAGAGAAAAACUGUUAGUUUUGGCAGAAACCUGCUUUGCUGAAUUCAGAAAAAUAUUCAUGACAGAACUGUAUGCUUUACUUUAAUAAUUUAUUGUGUAUUUCUCUGUUGUUUUAUUAAAAAUAUCAGCUGGUUGGUCUUGAUAAAUAAAGUGUU